UUACAGACAAGGCUUCCGUAGGCGUGUCCUAUUUUUGGUAUCUACAACACAAAAACGAUGAAUACAACAAAGAUGUUUAUAAGCCGAGCUGGAGGAAUACUACGAGUUUGUCAUCGACAUUACGUGAUAGGAGCUGGAAGCAAGACGGCACUUUGUGGUCCAGUGAGGCCGACACAUCAUAAUAUCUUAACCAGAAACUGGCGAUGCCUUUCUACACGUGUCGCAUAUGGAAUACAAGUAACGAAUGACGGCAAAGAGGUGGACGUAUUCUGGGAUAACGAAAACAAGUCAAGAUUUCACGCCUCGUGGCUGCGACACAAUUGUAAGUGUGACCAAUGUUACAAUAAGGACAGCGGACAGUCCACGAUAUAUGUACACGAGUUGCCAAUGGAAAUCCAUUUAGAGGACGUUAAAAUAACAGACGACGGCCAUUUGUCUGUAAGGUUCAAAGAGGAAGAUCACACAGGAACAUUUCCCCCAGGUUUUCUCCAAGAACAUUCCUACUCGAAUGGACAUCUUGCUCUGAAAAAACAAGCAACAAAAAUUAACCCCGAGCACGUGGGUGUUGUUCCCGAGGUUCAAUGGAGUGACGUUCGGGACAGCGAGGAGAGCUUAUACCAGUGCUUGAAGAACAUCAAUGAACACGGCUUAUGUAUGGUUCGCAAUGGGUCCAUUGACGGCAAAUUGGUAGAAAAGUUUGCGUUGAAGAUCGGACCUAUUUGGGACAACACAUACGGUGCGGUUUGGGAUGUAAAAAGUCAGAAAACACCGACAAAUUUCGGCUACACGAACAAAGAGAUGCAGUAUCACAUGGACCUGCCGUUCUAUCAGGCAAUGCCGGGUAUAGAAUUCCUGCAUUGUCUUCGCUUUGACGCAACUGUUGAAGGAGGCCAAACACUUUUUCUUGACAUUACCGAUAUUGCUGAGAAUUUCCGAAAGGACCAUCCCGAGGAAUUCAAUAUUCUUGCAACGAUUCCUUUUACCUUCGCACGAGUUCAUAACGACAGGGACUAUCCUAUCAAUAUGGUUAUACGGCGACCGAUAAUUCAGCUGAACCGCGAACACGAGGUCGUGGCCGUCUUUUGGAAUCCGACAGUUACUGGGGCUCUGCAAGCAGAAGAGAAUGAGGUUGAGUCGUUCUACAAGGCUUAUCAGUUAUUUGCUAAACAGCUGUAUUCAUGUCAGGACAAGGAGAUGGUGGUACGCCUGCAACCGGGGGAAAUUGUUAUCUGGAACAAUCGGCGUCUUGUUCACAGACGAAAUGCUUUCCAUGGAGAUGGCGACAGACAUUUUAGGGGAGUGUAUAUUGAUAUCUGCGAGUAUAAAAGCAGACUCAGCAUUCUGUCACAGAAGUAUGGAGACGGGUCAUCCAUCAAGCGUGUAGGAAACGGUGACUGGUUCUGAGUAGCAUACGGACUUGAUGGUUAGUGUGGCCAGAAGGCUAAAGCUGUUUGAACCAGAGGUUGGUUCUAAGAAGUCCUACAUACUUGGAAUGUAGGAAACGGCGCUCCUUAUUACCAUGGGCAAUCAUUCGAACAAACAUUCAUCGAAUCUGAACUCUCUUUGUUCUUGUUCCUGCUCAUUUGAUGCAUUGUCAUCGAUAAAAGUACAAUUCAUGUAAUAAUAAUUGUUACCCAGAUCUGGACGAUACAAAUGUAAUCAACACAGACGUCAACGUAUCUCGUAUCUCUAAAACACAGCUUAAAGCUGACAGUGCAAGUUUUUUAAAAGCUUCUGAGAUUUAUAACAUAUUGGUUUAUUGUAAAAAAAAAAAGGACAUAUAGAAGCAGUAAUCCAAAUCACUGUAACAUUGGGGUUAAAGCUGAAAGUGCAAGUUUAAAAGCUUUCAACGGAGAUUUAAAAAAAA